AUGGUCAGGCCUGAUUACGAGCAGUCCAAAAGAGGAUUCUAUGUGAUAGAAUUGGCUGUGCACUUAAGAAGUUAUUAUUUCCAGGUGUCAUGGAUCCGUCACCGGGACCUGCACAUAUUGACGGUGGGAGGGUACACGUACACCUCCGACCAGCGGUUCCAGGCCUCUCACUCCCCACAGACAGACGACUGGACGCUCCAGGUGAAGUGGGCUCAACAACGAGAUGCUGGGGUCUACGAGUGCCAGGUGUCGACUCAGCCCGUACGAUCCUUCUUCGUUACUUUACACGUUGUCGAUUGUGACGAGAUAUACCAGCGGAUGUAUUCUGACGGAGUACCAUCGGCCCGUAUCCUGGGCGGGCCGGACCUCCACGUGGACAUCGGCUCCACUAUAAACCUCACCUGCCUCAUUCAGUUCAGCCCUGAACCACCCGCAUACAUCUUCUGGUACCACGAGGACGAGGUGAGCGGACGAAAACAGGUGAUAUCGUAUGACUCGUCGAGGGGCGGCGUGUCGGUGGUGACGGAGAAGGGCGCGGCCACCACCUCCUACCUGCUGGUGCAGGAUGCUACUCCCGCGGACUCCGGACGCUACUCGUGCGCUCCCUCCAACGCUGAGCUCGCCUCCGUGAGGGUUCAUGUACUUAACGGCGAGCGUCCAGCAGCCAUGCAGACGGGUUCAGCGGGUCUGUCGGACUCGUGGGUGUGUGUGGUCACGUUACUGGCAGCCGUCGCCCUGCACACAGCUGUGCUGCACACACAGCUCACCAGCUGA